AUGCAGUCCCAGGUGACCACACAGAAGGCGGAGGUGCUCGCACUCCUCCGCAAGGACGGCAAGAUCAACGCCGACCUCGUCGAAGGCGAGGUCGAUUGGUUCUUCGAUAAACUGGGUAUGGUGGACAACUACUUCACGAGCCAGUCGGCCGAGGUAAUCGCCAAGCACAUCUCGGCCAUCUACGCCAACAAGAUGCUCUCCUCGGCCGAGAGUGGCAAGGUGAAGAUCAACAUCCAGCAGGAGCACAAAGACGGCGCCAUCUUCGCCUGCAACUCGGUUCCCGGCUCGCAGACCUCGCCCGCCGUCGCCAUCGAGCGCCGACUCGACGAACGCUACCUCGCUCUCCAGGACGACGGCUCCUCCUAUCGCGUCCAGGUCUACAGGUCGUCGGGCUUCGUGUCUUCGGAGCAGCAGCAGAACCUGCGCCUCUACGUUGUGAACAAGGCCAACUAUGGCAGCGACGAGGCCGACCCGGCGCAGCUCCGCGACGAGCUGGACAUCAACAAGAUCGGCGAUCGCGAUUUCCUGGUCAAGGCGUCGGCCAGCACCAAGGAGAUCUACCAGAACAUCCUGCGGAAGGCGGCCAGGAUUCCCGGCCCGGUGAUCGAGUCCUACGACGCCGAGGUAGGCGAGAAGCGCAUCGUCAUCUGCUACCGCCGCGGCACCACGACCCGCUUCUUCGGUGCCCUGACCGACCUCUACCACUACCACGGCUUCGUCGCCCGCAAGAAGUUCGUCGAGCAGUUCGCCAACGGUUUCCUCAUCGUCUGCCUCUACCUCACCACCCCGGCCUCCCAGCCCGCCCAAGACGCGGCUGAUGUGAACGCGCGGAUGCGGUUGUUCGAGAAGGAGGCGAACCUGAUCUACAUCCUGCCGUCGUCGCGGAUGGCGUCGCUGCUGCAGGCCGGUGAGCUGAGCGAGGAGGAGUGCGUGUACGCGCACGCCGCGUGGAAGUUCGCGGCGCACUUCAUCAACCGCAUGGGCUCGGAGUACCACGCGCUGCGCAAGGCGCUCGACAUGCGCGACGAGCGCCACGCGGGCCUCAUGGCCGCGCUCAAGCGGCGCCUGGUUAACGCCACCUUCACCGAACACUCGAUCGGUGACGUCAUCAUGGCCAACCCGGCCAUGGUAAAGCUCCUCUACCGUGACUUUGCGCGCCUCCACAACCCGGCCGACGCCGACGCCCAGGCCAGCCUCCAGCUCGGCGCCGACGCCCUCGCCGCCCGGCGCGACGAGGUCCUCGCCGCGAUCAAGCGUCACGCCGCCGCGUCGGAGCAGGACCAGGAGAUCUUCGGCAUGUUCCUCACCUUCAACCGCCACGUCGUCAAGACCAACUUCUACAAGGUCGACAAGGUGGCCCUCUCGUUCCGCCUCAGCCCCGAAUUCCUGGACGACCAGGAGUACCCCCAGCGACCCUUUGGCAUUUUCUACAUCAUCGGCGACGAAUUCCGCGGAUUCCACGUUCGGUUUUCGGACGUAGCGCGCGGAGGCGUGCGUAUUGUGCGGUCGCGCGACACGGAGUCGUACGCGACGAACGCGCGCCACAUGUUCGAGGAGUGCUACGGGCUGGCCAACACGCAGGAGCGGAAGAACAAGGACAUCCCCGAGGGCGGGUCCAAGGGCGUGAUCCUGCUCGACCUCGCCAAGGCCGCCCACGGCCAGCCUCACAAGCCCGAACAGGCCGAGAACGCCUUCAAGAAAUACGUCGACAGCAUUCUCGACAUUCUUCUCUCCAGCCAAGAGACGAGGCGGGAGCAGGCGAUUGUGGACCACUACAAGACGGAGGAGAUCCUGUUCCUGGGACCCGACGAGGGCACGGCCGACGUGAUGGACUGGGCCUCGCAGCGGGCCAAGGAGCGGGGCGCCUCGUUCUGGAAGGCCUUCACCACCGGCAAGUCCCGCUCCCUCGGCGGCAUUCCUCACGACAUGUACGGCAUGACCACGCGCUCGAUCCACCAGUACGUGGUGGGCAUCCUCGCCAAGCUGGGCAUCGACGAAGCCGACGUCACCAAGUUCCAAACCGGCGGACCCGACGGCGAUCUCGGAUCGAACGAGAUCAAGAUCUCGCGGGACAAGACCAUCGGCAUCGUUGAUGGCUCGGGCGUGCUGUACGACCCGCAGGGAAUCGACCGCGAGGAGCUCCGUCGCCUGGCGGACGCGCGCCUCAUGGUGCGAGAGUUCGACCGCGCCCGGCUCUCCGCCGGCGGCUUCCUCGUCGACGUCAACGACCGCGAGGUGACGCUGCCCGACGGCACCGUCGUCGACAACGGCCUCAACUUCCGCAACGAGUUCCACCUCAACCCGCUCUCGUCGGCCACGCUCUUCGUGCCCUGCGGCGGCCGCCCCGAGGCCGUCAACAUCAGCAACGUCGACAAGUUCUUCCACCACCGGCGCUCCACCGCCACCACCGCCGGCGGCGCUCCCGAGCGCGUGCCGCGGUUCAAGUACAUCGUCGAGGGCGCCAACCUGUUCUUCACGCAGGAGGCGCGCCUCGUGCUCGAGGAGGCCGGCGUGGUGAUCUUCAAGGACGCCAGCGCCAACAAGGGCGGCGUGACGUCGUCGUCGCUCGAGGUCCUGGCUGCGCUGGCGCUCAAGGACGACGAGUUCCUGGCCCACAUGACCGUCCAGAAGUCAGCCGACACCGGCGACGAGGUGGUGCCCGACUUCUACCGCCGCUACAUCGAGAACGUCCACCAGAUCAUCGAACGCAACGCCGCCCUCGAAUUCCAGGCCGUCUGGGAUGCGAACAAGCGAACGGGGCUGCCGCGCUCGGUGAUCGCCGACCUGGUGUCGACCAAGAUCAACGGCCUCAACGUUCAGAUCCAAAACUCCAACCUGUGGACCAACCAGGCCUUCAAGAACCUGGUGUUGGCCGAGGCCUGCCCUCCGGUCCUGUUGGAGCUGGUGGGUGGCGUGGCGGGUCUGUGCCAGCGCGUGCCGGAGAACUACCUGCGUGCCAUCUUCGGCGCCUACCUCGGCAGCCGCUACAUCUACCGGUACGGCCUCGAGACCAGGGAGUUCGACUUCUUCGAUUUCGUGCAGCCCUACUUCGACCGGAUCGCCGCCCAGUAA